GCAAAUUGCAGUAUCUAUACCCUUACAUUUAGAAAUAUUCGGUGCAAAAUUGACCCAUUCUAGUAAACACCCAAUAUGACACUAUCAACUACACUAUCUCAACAAAGUAAGACAAUGUUAUUCAAAACAACAUCAUUGCUGACGAAUACCAUUCAACAACUCUAGAGGUCAAUUGGUUGGAUAUUGACUGAGAUCUGGUAACCAGCAGAUGGUGGCUUUUUGAUCACAAAAUCAUCUUUCAGUCAUGCUCCUAGGAACAUUCAGGUGGAAUUCCUUAUUUGUUUCCAAAGUGAUCCAGAGGUUUUCCCCAUUUUUGCGGCUUUCCUCAUUUUGGCUGGGGAGUAGCAAGGGUUUUGCCAUCAUUGGAUAAAUCGAUGGAGGACCCGAAUGCAUCAAAUGGUCGUCCCCAAUGAGAUCAAUAUAUGAAGGUAUCACAAGACACAUGGGGCAGGGUCCCUAGACUAAUCCAAAAAAUCAUGUGGGAUGCACACUUCACAGUCCUCAAACAAUUUGAUCCCGUAUGAUCGAAUUGAAUCGGAACGGGGGUUUAGAGGAGGGAAGACGAUAACCGAAUUCCUAAUCCAGUUCGGGGUAUCUUUUCUGCUUCCUCACUCCAUUCGAGAUCGCCAACAAAGAAAAGCUUGGAAGAUAGAAGUACCUUGGAGGGCUCUGUUGUAUGCAUAGAGUUGAUCAUCAGUAGCUAACUACAUCGUAGAGUGUUACGGUAGACAAUGUUUGGCAAGACAGGGAAGCAGUAUGCUGGGUUUAUCAGCAAUCAAGUGGAGAAUUUGCUAGGAGAUCACUUGUCCAAGAAAGGAAACAAGACUUCUAUAGAAACUCCCACUGAAAAAUUGGGCCAAGUAACUGGGAAACGCAAGGCACUGUUUAUCGGCAUCAACUAUUACGGUCAAAAGGGCGAAUUGCGUGGUUGCAUCAACGAUGUCAAGAACAUUCGGGCCUUUCUCGAAGCCAAUUACCCCAUUGACGAAAUGAUGGUGCUCACUGACGAUCAGACGAAUGAUCCUUCCAAGAUGCCCACUCGGGCCAACAUUCUCAAGGGAUUCCGAUGGCUCCGACAAGGAGCGUCACCGGGAGAUGCACUCGUCUUGCAUUACUCGGGACACGGAGGAUCCCAAAAAGAUACCGAUGGGGAUGAAGAAGAUGGAAUGGAUGAAACACUCUGUCCUGUCGAUUAUUCCAAAAAUGGUGUCAUUGUUGACGAUGAAGUACAUGCCGUGCUCGUAAAGGGACUUCCAGAGGGCGUCCGAUUGACCGCCAUUAUGGAUUGCUGCCAUUCCGAAAGCAUGCUCGAUCUGCCCUAUUGCUACAACGUCAAUGGUGAUUUAGAAAUUGUAGAAAUGAACAAGGCCAAGGGGAUCUCCAAAUUAGUUGCCACUGGGGUCAGAUACGUCCUCGAUGGAAACAAAAAGGCGGCCAUGACUAGUUUGACGCAAGGUUUCAAGUCGCUCAUGGAAGGAGAUAAAACGGGAAAUGCCGCCGCACGACAAAAAACCAUUGACACACGAUCCACUGUGGCCGAUGUCAUUUCCUUUUCGGGAUGCAAAGAUAGUCAAACCAGUGCCGAUGCUAGCAUUGAUGGACAAGCCACUGGCGCCAUGACAUAUGCACUCAUUCGAUCACUCAAAGAACGCAAACAAGUCGAAUACACCGAUUUGCUCAUUAGCAUGCGACAAAUCUUGGAUGGAAAAUACACGCAAGUUCCCAUGAUGUCGGCGGGACGAAAGCUCGAUAUGACAACCAUGUUCAGUUUCUAAUGUCUAUUUAAAAGGAUGCAAGCAAGCGAGCGAGCAACAACGCAAUAAUUCACGAGCAUGGUGGGAAACAUAAGAAUGUGCAUCCAUGGAUCGGAGGGAUCCAAACAUGAGAGAGAGAACAAAUUGCGCUAUACUUAGGUUGUGAUUCCUUUCUUGCGGGCUAGUAAAGUGAGCUCCUGUGAAAGCAUUUUGAAGGCUCACUGUUUUAUCAAUAAGUAUUGUAUUGACAGCCAACUGACCAACAACAGUAGAAGUCCGUGUGAGCAAUGAAUACGGUAUCUCCACAGUCUCAACUAACUCUACGGCACAGAUACUCAACGUUCAAGCAUGCAUUUGAGUUCGAUCGUGUGCUUGGGUUUGACCCGGAGUUUCUCGUGGAUAACCAAGAACACCAGCAUGAUACGAUGCACUAUUGUACGUUCGUUAUUACUGUUUUGCCGCCUCUAUCGUUGGAUGACAGUUGGCCACCACAGAGAAUAACAUAGCCUCAGCUGGAUGAGAGCGAUUCGUUUGCACGAAUCCAAUGGUACUGAUACCAUGCAGGGUGCAUUGAAGCACCUUCACAUCCGUUGAAGUUGAAGCUCUCGCUGACCGCCGUCACGAACAUUGCUUUGACGAAGCCAUAAAGAUCAGAAUCUGCCAAAGAAACCAGAAUAAACUUCAAAUCGAACGCUCAGAUUUCUUGGUCAAAAUGAGUGCUGUGCUGGUGAUCUGUACCGGUACCGGUAUGGGUGCGGAAACGUACGGUACAUACCGUCACUGGUAUUGGUACGUGCGUAGUGGGGGCUCCAGGCAGUUGCUUUUCGAAAGUAAGUCCCAGCAGCUGAGUUCAUUUCUUGAUGCAAUGGAGGCGGAACCUGCAUAAAAUACCGCUGCCAGAAAUACCCAUUCUUUUCCGGACCGGGACUGAUGGACAUGUUCUAUGCAACAGCCAGCAUUUUCGAACUGCUGGAGUAUCGUAGCCACUGGACGUAUGAACGAAAGGGCAAGGCUACAAAACUUCAACAGCAAACGCCGAGACGACCCGACUGUGAGGACCCCUGUAUCUCGAGGAUCCCGCUCGAAGCGAAAGAUGUAUACGUCGCAACCAAGACAAAUACCAUUGAAAGAAUCGUGCCGGUCCGCUCCAGAUACAUCCACCAUGCAUGCAUCUGCGGUGAGACUGUGGCGACCACUACCGGUACGGCUGUGUACCAGUGCUUCUUUUGUAGAACAGCCAAUGCCGGCUCUUCAGUUGCUGUGCAAAAGAACGGCAGAGUUGUUUUUGUUGUUGAAGCGUCCAAAGCGAGAAAGCGACCGAGAGCAAAGUUCCAGUGGGGUCUUCCGAAGGGCAGACUUGGUCAAAACAAGGGCUUUCACGAUCAUUAAUGAGUAUGGCAGGCAACUAUCGGCUUGUCAAAGGCGAACUAGCCACAACCGGUACCAGUAGCUGUUGGAGGCCGAUGCCAUGUACUAGAUCUAGUACAUGUAUGCCAACCAAAAACAAAUGAAGGGCAGUCCUUCAUUUUCAGUGCUCGAGAAGCUGUUUUCUGUUUGAAACUCCAACAGAGAUUUCUUCAAGUUGGAGCUUCCCAGAACACGUUUCGACUGUCUUUAGCUUGAAGCAUAGAGUUUAAUUAGGUGCCAAAUACUCCCUUUCCAGAGAAGUUGCACAGUUGCGGCGGGGUCGCAACUGAAAGCAUUUUCACGGAAUUUUCCUUCCUGUCACUUUGCCACGUGAGAAGGCCUCUGUCUUUUCAAGGUAACUUUGACUACGUACAGAGAAGAGAAGAGCAGCAGCAGGCAGCAAGGACGGAUAGACAGAUCUCUCCUGGGCCUUGCCAAUGAUACAUGUAGUGUUUUCUGUAUCUACGUCUCUUCGUACAGUCGUAUGGCAAAAUAAAUCAAUAGAUUGGCUCCAGAACACCAUGAAGCAGCCCCAAAUCGUCACCGUGGAAGCAGAAAACAAUCUAGACAGCUUCUCGUGGCUGUCUGCAUGCAGACAAGUAACAAGGUCGCGCUAUGUAUGCAUGUAGUCAAUAGAGAGAGGAAAUGGAAUACUAGCUAGUACGCACUUCCCAUGAUGACUCAUUGGUGGGAGUUUGAAGAUGACUGAAGGAUUAAUCCGUUGUCCUGUCUACUCCCAUUUC